CUAAGCUCCAAUAUUCAAACCAGCAACCCAAGUGAAUAAAUGCAUUUACAUGCCAAUUGCCACCCGCUGAUAAGUCUUUAAGUUUCAGCGCUAAGCAACAUCUUUUUUUCUGGUCCAGGGAUAUUCAGUUACUAACGUUCUGUGUAUUAGUAACAUUUUGAGCAUACAAAAAGAUUAAAGAAUGGCUAUGGCGUCGAUCGAGAGAGUGAUUCUUGGUUCAAUUGCCUUUGCUAUUUUUUGGGUAUUGGCAGUUUUUCCGGCUGUCCCAUUUAUGCCUAUUGGAAGGACUGCAGGGUCACUACUUGGUGCUAAUCUUAUGGUAAUAUUUCGAGUAUUGACUCCCGAUGAGGCAUAUGCUGCUAUCGAUCUUCCAAUUUUAGGCCUUCUCUUUGGAACAAUGGUUGUCAGCAUCUAUCUGGAAAGAGCAGACAUGUUUAAGUACUUGGGAAAAUUGUUAGCAUGGAAAAGCAUGGGGACCAAGGAUUUACUUUGUAGAAUCUGUUUGAUAUCUGCAAUUUCGAGUGCCUUUUUCACCAAUGAUACUUCUUGUGUUGUGUUAACUGAGUUUGUACUAAAAAUUGCUAGGCAACAAAAUCUACCACCCCAUCCGUUCCUUUUAGCUCUUGCAUCAAGUGCAAAUAUUGGAUCUUCAGCAACACCUAUUGGGAAUCCUCAGAAUUUAGUAAUAGCAGUACUGAGCAAGAUUACUUUUGGGAGUUUUUUAUUUGGUAUAUUUCCUGCAAUGCUUGUUGGAGUUUUUGUUAAUGCUCUAUUGUUGCUUGGCAUGUAUUGGAAGGUGUUGUCUGUUCAGAAAGAUGUCGAAAAUGUUGAAAUAGAAUUAGUUUCGGAUGAAGAAGUAGUCUCUCAUCGGUUUUCACCAGCAACAAUGUCAUAUGUCGUUAAUUCGUUAAAUUCUCCGGAACAGUUUUCGGUAGAUCCAGUUAAUACAAAUGGUCAAAUAAAUCAUGCUGACACAUUUAAGAAUCAUGGAAAUUUUAGUGAAAAUGAAAUCAAGAAGGAUCCAAACAGGGAAUUUUAUUCUUCCAGGAAUUCCAAUGCCUCUACAGAAGCACCUGUUGAUGGGUGUGAAGAUCACAAUUUCACAUCUUAUGAGGAAAAGCAGAAUUUUGCUGAUAAAUGGAAAAGAUUGUUAUGGAAAAUAUGUGUUUAUCUUGUUACAAUUGGGAUGUUGAUAUCUUUGUUGAUGGGUCUGAAUAUGUCAUGGACUGCUAUUACAGCAGCACUUGCUCUUGUGGUUCUUGAUUUCAAAGAUGCUAGAGAAUGCUUAGAAAAGGUGUCCUAUUCACUGUUGAUAUUCUUCUGUGGUAUGUUUAUCACAGUUGAUGGCUUUAACAGAACAGGGAUUCCAAGUGCUUUCUGGGAUUUUAUGGAACCUUAUGCCAAGAUAGACCAUGCUGGUGGGAUAGCAGUUCUUGCUGUUGUCAUACUUGUCCUCUCAAAUUUGGCUUCUAAUGUGCCUACUGUUCUAUUGUUGGGAGUGCGGGUAGGUGCAUCAGCAGCUGCAAUAUCUGCAGGAAGUGAGAAGAAAGCAUGGCUCAUAUUAGCCUGGGUCAGCACCGUAGCUGGCAACCUUUCACUAUUGGGCUCAGCAGCAAACUUAAUAGUAUGCGAACAGGCUCGUAGAGCUCAACCAUUAGGCUACAAUCUCUCAUUUUGGACUCAUCUCAAAUUCGGAGUUCCCUCUACUCUAAUUGUUACAGCUAUUGGCUUGACACUCAUCAGAGGUUGAAAUUAAAUCUGUACUUAGUUGAAAAUUUUCAAAAAUAUUAUUAAUGAAGUUAUUAGUAUCCCUUAUGUAUUCAGUUAUUCAACAAAAUGUUGUCAUACUGAAAUUUUGUCAUCCACUCUUAUGUAUCCCUGAACCUGAUUAGGAAAUCUCCUUUUUUUUUUCUUUUUCUUUUCUUUCUUUCAGACGAAAAACAAGUGUUUGUAUCUACUAACAUAAGAAUUUGGAACUAAGUUAACAGGGAAUUCUUAA